CUUUUUGGCAGAUAGUUGACUUUUUAUUUGUUUUCUUUAUACAAAAACCCAAAUCUCCAUUUUAUUUUAUUAGAAUCAUCUCCAAAAAUAAAAAGUCAAAUCCAUGAGAGAAAAAUACUCUCUCUGGAGAAGAAGAAGCACCGUUUCAUAGAUCCGAUUUUCUCCAAAGCUCUCACCUUUUGACUCGCCUCUUUACAUAACAAAAAAAUCCCAUCUUUCACAAAAAAAAAAAAGUUCUCAUCUUUCUACUUUUAGUUCAUACACUCCAUAGAUUGAUAAAGAGAUGACCUCAUGAUUAUGAAGAGAGUUUCAGAUAUUCCCAGGAAAGUGAAGAGAUUUUAGAGUUAUUGGUAAGUGAAAGUUUUAAUCUUUUUAAUUGGGUAAGUAAGAUCAAAGUUUCUGUAUUUGGGUUUAUAGUUUCUGUAAUUAAAAGGUGUGCAUUAAAUGUUGUUUUCCAUGGCUGAGGAAUUUGUAUUAUUAUGAAGUGGUUUGGUUUGGUAGAUUAAAUGAGAAAACCAAAGGAGAGAGCAUUUAAAGAAGAAAGAGAUUUUGGUUAUCUCUUUGUCUCUCUGUGUUCAUAUUUAUUGCAGAGAUAGUGAUUUUUUAAAUUGACCUUUGAACAUCCCUUUUACAUGUUUUCGAGAUUUGUUUUUCUUAUUAAACAGCCAAAAAGUAUCUGGCUUUUUUCUCCUCUCUCAAAGUUUUGAUUUUUAAGUGAUUUAGGGUUUUUUCAUCCCCUGGAGGAAGAAGUUUGAGUCUUUGUAUCUACUUUGAUCAAGUAAGAUUGUUGGUCGCGACUGGUGCUUGAAGAUAUAGCUUUGGUUCUUUAUGCAAGGUUUACUCUCUUAGAAGAAUGAGAGCAGAUAAUGAUCACGCGCUUGGUAACUCGAUAGAGAUUUGUAAAGAUGAAUCUAAGCCGCAUCAAUGUCUUGAUGAGAAUUGGGAAGAUGCAGAGCUAAAGGUCCCGGAAAAUGGGAAGAACAACAACAAUGUGUGUGAGUUGUUCUAUGAUACAAGAAGUGGUGAAGAAUGGGAGAAUGAGGCCGGAAAGAAAGUUCGAGAUACUAGUCAUGAUUGUGAUGCUAAUGUGGAUUCUCCUGAGAAAAAGGAUCCGGUUUUCUAUAUGGACAAGAAUGUUACGGCCUGUGAUUUACCUGAGAUUGUUGUUUGUUACAAGGAGAAUACUUACCAUAUCGUCAAAGAUAUAUGUGUCGAUGAAGGUGUGCCUGUUCAGGAGAAGUUCUUAUUUGGUGAGAAGGAUUCUGUCAAGUCUAGCUCAACAGAGGAUUUGAUGAAAGCAGACAAAACAAAUGUGAAUCCAUCAGAAACUAAGUCUGCGGAAGACAGCAUCAGUAAGGUUGAUGAUUCUGAGUUUUGUAACGAUCAUAAGACAGACAGAGAUGUUGAAGAAUCUUCAGGAGAAGAUUUUGCUGAUGCUGAAGGUACUUCUAGCAAUUACAAUCAAGAGCAUUUGAUUGUGACAGAGGAAGUCAAGGCUUCACCAACACAUGGGCUAAGUCCCUCUGAAAUUGAACCUGAUGAGAAUUCAAAGGACGAAGUGGCUAUAUCACAGGAUAAUGACUCAAAGGAAUGUUUAACAUUGGGAGAUAUUCUAUCAAGGGAAGAUGAACAAAAAUCUCUCAACCAAGACAACAUUAGCAGCGAUAGUCAUGAAGAACAAUCUCCUUCUCAGCUUCAGGAUAAGGAAAAAAGAAGCUUAGAAACCACAGCUAUCGAAACAGAGCUUGAGAAAACAGAGGAGCCAAAACAAGGAGAGGAGAAGCUUUCCUCUGUUUCUACAACGACCUCUCAAGAACCAAACAAAACUUGCAACGAACCUGAAAAGCCUGAAACUGAGAAUCAUCAUCAGCAAAACUGUUUAGUGGAAAACUCUUACGAAGACGAUAAAUUUUCUUCAAGCAGAUUUGGAGAGACGAGUUUCUCUGCAGCAGAUUCAGUUUCAAUAUCAGGUCAUAUAACAUACUCAGGACCAAUUGCAUACUCUGGAAGCCUCUCUGUUCGAUCAGAUGCAAGCACAACGAGUGGAAGAUCCUUUGCUUUCCCAAUAUUGCAAUCAGAAUGGAACAGUAGUCCUGUAAGAAUGGCGAAAGCUGAUAAAAGAAGACAAAAAGGAGGAUGGAGACACACUCUUCUCUGCUGUAGAUUCUCUUGAUGUCUCUCCUCCACAAUUUAGUCCUAAAGCUAUUCACUUUGAAGCACAGAAGAAGAAGAAGAAGAAGAGGAAAGAUUUAUGAAAUUUUAUAAUAUUUUCUUAAAAUGAGAGUGCUUUUUUUUUUUAUUACUGAAGGUAAAUAUUUUUUUCUCUCUUUUGGGUGAUGAGUGGUUUAUAGUUAUGCCUUGGUGUGUAAUAGGCAUUUUGGUAGUUUUACAGUUUAGGUCUUUUGAGUUUGGAACCGAUGAGUUAUAUUAUAAAUUUUUUAAUGAAGGGCUCUUUGGAUUUAGCAUUGGUUCAUGAACUCUCGCCAUUACGGAUCUCUUGCCUUGCUCAAGAGCAAGCAAUCCCUGAAACCAUCUUCAAGAUUC